AUGAAAUCAUUUUACGACGUUAUAGUUAUUGGAGGUUCAGCUUCAGGUUUACAAGCUUGUUUAACUUUUGGUAGAGCUUUUAUUAAUGUUUUAUGUAUUGAUUCCAAGAAACCAUGUAACAGAUAUGCAAAUGAAUCACAUAAUUUACUUGGUAAUGAUGGUAUAAACCCUUUGGAAAUUGUUUCAAAAGCAAAAGAACAAAUCAAGAAUUAUCCGACAAUUGAAUUUAAAGAUGAUGUUGUUAAAGAUGUUAAUAAAAUCAAUGGAGAUCAUGAUGGAUUCAAAGUUUCAAUAGGUUCUGGUGAUAUUUUCCAAAGUAAAAGAGUCAUAUUUGCUUCAGGAGUGAAUGAUAAUAUUGAUAAGAUUCCAAUCAAAGGUAUUGAAAAAUAUUGGGGGAACUCUAUUAUUCAUUGUCCAUUUUGUCAUGGAACAGAGUUUAGAAAUGGUAAAACUGGAUUAUACUAUGGGAGUUCCAUUUUUUUGAAAAUGAUGUUACCAACAUUGUAUAAUUGGAGUAAAGAUAUAAAUGUUUUCUGUUCAGAAGAUAUUUAUAAUGAAUUAGAUUCUGAUUUAGUUUCCAAUUUACAAAGAAAGAAUAUCAAUGUUUUCAAGUCAUCAAUAACUGAAGUUAAAGGUAAAUCAAUUGGUCAUGGUAAUGAAGAAACAUUGUCACAAGUAAUUCUUCAAAAUGGACAAUCUGUUGAUCUUGAUGUUUUAUAUAUUAUACCACCUUCAGUGAUCAAUAAUAAAGAUAUUUUAACCAAACUAGGUGUUGAACUAGAUGAUAAGGGAUUGAUUAAAGUUACACCAUAUCAGAAAACCAAUGUUGAAGGUAUUUAUGCUUGUGGUGAUAAUACUAACUUCCUUAGAGCAUUAGCCGUAGCUAUAGCACAAGGUUUAACAACAGCAGCAUUAAUUACUCACGAAAUAUCACAACAAAGAUGGUCAAAAUGA